AUGUCGCUUCCGCAGCAGAAGAGCAUCGCUGUUGUCCAUACACAUGUCUGGAAUAUGGACGGCCUCAUGACGGCUCCCGGCCCAAGCGUUAAGAGGCGGAGCAGCCGGAGAAAGCGGUGUGCAGAUUGCAGAGCUGGAGAAUCUGCCCUCAGCGGAUCUUGUGUUCUUCAUACAUCAACCCACAAUGCCAACAGAGAAAGACGGUCUGAGGUGAACUGGAGCCAUCUACACCUUCUCAGCCAGGAUGAUUUCCAGACUUCCCCAUCAAUCAGUUCUGAAGGAUCCAGUCCUUCGGAGGCUUCGUUAGCCUGCGAAGAGAUGAAAUUAACGACGAGAUUUCUAUUUUCCGGUAUUCGAACGACAGAGAGCGAGUUAGAAUCUAUCUUGGAAGAUUUAUCUGGUAGCCCCAACAAAGCGGAAAGGCCGGAACCAUCCCCAUUGGACGGCGGUUAUUCAGAUACAGAGCAAAGGGAUGAAGAACGAAAGGAAGAGUACACGGAGGAGGCCUAUCGAGGGUUUGAGACUUGGAUAUUGGGCUCAUACGAGCAAAUGUUUUGCUUCGCCCGGGGCGAUUGCUCUGGGUCGCAAAUAUAUGAUUAA